AUGAUGUUGACUCUAUUCGCUCUCGUACCUUUACUCUGCGACGACGACGACGAUGGACCACCCGACUUCUCGAGCUAUGCCUACCCAGGAUCCCCACAAGAGCGAUCGUUUCAGCCUAGCUACGACUUUUGCGUCGUUGGAGGUGGCACUGCAGGUCUUGUCCUUGGAAAUCGUUUGACUGAGAGUGGAAACCAUACUGUCGUUGUGUUCGAGGCGGGAGGACCGCCCACGGAUGUCCGCACUUACGCAACCCCUGGUGGCAACCAAUAUGCUCUUAACGGUGGUUGGAGCACGAUUGAUUACAACUUCAUGUCGGUGCCACAGACGCACAUGAACAAUCGAACGUUUGCGUACCAUCGUGGCAGAUGUCUCGGGGGCAGCAGCGCUACCAACGGCUUGUUCUACGGCCUGGGCAGCAAAGCCGUGUAUGACCAAUGGGAAGAGGAUGGCAACCCUGGAUGGGGAUGGGAGGAUAUCCAAGCGUCCGCAAAGAAGGGCACCGUCUUCGUCGGCAAUCCCGAGCACACGAACGACAACACCUAUAUGACCUGGGAUCCCGACGCUUAUGGGACGGAAGGCCCUCUUCAGAUUGGGUUCCAAGGCCACGUAGUGGCAUCUAACCCUAGCUUCAUGAAUGCUACGAGUGCCAUCGGGAUCCAACCGACUCAGGAGCAGAAUAACGGCAAUCCUUUGGGAGUCAAGCAAGGCACCAUGACACUGGACGCAAACUUCAUGCGAAGCUCGUCCUUCGACGCCUACUACAUGGCCUCGCGAGGCAGGAAGAAUCUGAACGUCCUUCAGAGGGCCAUCGUCACGCGAAUCAUCUUCGACGAAGACUCGUACGACACGCCUGAAGUCGAAGCAGUCGGUGUCACGUUCCUGGACGAUCUCUCUGGAGUGUUUCACAACAUCUCCUGCAAGAAUGAAGUCAUCUUGGCUGCUGGAGCUUUCCACAGCCCGUUCAUUCUCAAGCAGUCGGGUAUCGGUCCCCGAGCAGAGUUGGAAGAAUAUAACAUCGAAGUUCUCGUCGACAAUGAGAACGUGGGACAUAACAUGCAAGACCACACCGCAUUCUCUGUCAUCCAUGCCGUCAAGCCCGAGUUUGCCGACGUUGCAUCCACGACAGACAUGGUCAACGACCUCAACAUUCUUAACGAAGAGCAGAGGGCCUUCUUCCAGGGCGGUCCUGCGCAGUGGAACUCGAAGUGGAGCGCCCCAAGUGGUUGCACAAAUGCUUUCCAGGAGAUCUCGAAUGAAGAGCUUGAGCGCAUCGGCGCAGGUGCCGUUGUCGCAGCCAACUUCUCGAACCAAGCACACAACGAGAUCUUGUACGAGUCCGUCUACUACCCACAGUCGUUCACCAAGUAUGGGUCGCCUCUACCCAACACUUCGUACAUCUCAGUGACGGUGUCAAAUAUGGCCGCUCUGUCGAAAGGCUCGGUCACCAUUGGCAGUAACACCCCAUUGAGCGAUCCGAUCAUUGAUCCGAAUUACCUGGCCGAAGAAGCUGAUCAAGCAAUGGCUAUCCAGGGCGUCAAGUACUUGCGCCAGAUCAUGGAGCACCCGGAUCUGAAGCAGUGGUCGGCUGGGGAAGUGUCGCCUGGCGCCAACAUCACCAGCGACGAGGACCUCCUCGAUUAUGCAAGGACGACCAUGGUACCCAAUUGGCAUGCAUCCAGCACUUGUCGCAUGCUGCCCAGGGAGAACGGAGGUGUCGUCGAUCCACACCUCCGCGUCUAUGGCACGAAAGGCCUUCGCGUCUGCGAUGUGUCGACGUUCGGGCGUCUGCCUGACAUCAACCUCGUUGGGUCGGUGUUUGCGGUUGCAGAGCAUGGGGCGCAAAUCAUCCGGCGGGACCAUGGCGACUUGUGA